AUGACAUCAAGAAUCACACUCCUCGAACCCGUCCUCUCCCUCUGCAACGCCUUCACCACGCACGCACCGGUCUCAACCCUCCUCUCAACCUUCACCACACAACCAACACCGCUAGUCCACGAACACGGCCUCCCCCAGUUAGCCCCCUUCCUCGGUCACUCCUUCAGCGGCACAGACGGAGUAGCGCGGUACUUCGAGCUCCUCGCGGACCUACUAGAGAUCACAGCCGUGACCUUUGAACCAGACGACAACUGGCUCGUCGAUGACGCAUGCAUGUGCGUCUCGCUGCGCGGGUCUGCAACUUUUAAAUGGAAGGCCACCGGCCAGGCAUGGGAUGAGACUUUCAUGUACCGCCUUGCGUUGGCGACCGAUGUGAGCAGUGACCCCGGGAAGAAGGGAAGGUUGCUUGUUUGGGAGUAUAGGGUUUGGGCUGAUACGGGUGCCGCGUAUCUGGCCCGAAUGGGGAGGUUGGGCGAGCUGGUCACUGGAGAGGUAGGGAAGGGGAAGGGUGUUGUGGAGGGGAUUCAUGUUCCCGGACUAGGCGAUGAUGUGCAGAAAGAUGUGAUGGGUGAGACGGAGACGAGGAGCAGUCGGGACCGGAAGAGGAGCGGGUGUCAGGAUGUGCUCGGUGAAGGACUAAAUGUGUAUGGAUCUUGUGGAUGA